GACAUGCUCCCUGAAGCCAGGUCCCUGUGGCUACUUCGGCUGCUCCGGGACGUCCAGCUGGCCCAGUUUUACCGGCCCAUCCUUGAGGAACUUAACGUCACUCGGCCAGAACACUUUGACUUUGUAAGGCCUGAGGACCUGGACAGCAUUGGCAUGGGCAGGCCUGCCCAGCGCAGACUUGCUGAAGCCCUGAAAAAGUACCGUUCGGGCGUCAAAUCUAAGAACUGGGUCAACAAGAUCCUUGGGGGGUUUGCUCCUGAGCCGAAGGAGACCCCCCCACGCUCAGGCAGCCUUCUGUGCCUCCAUGACCCGGAGGGGGGACUCAAGUGUCUGAUUCCAGAGAGUGCUGUGUGCAGAGGGGAGCUGCUGGGCUCAGGCUGCUUUGGCGUUGUACAUCGAGGGCUAUGGACGCUGCCCAGUGGCCAGAGUAUCCCAGUGGCUGUCAAGUCCCUCCGUGUGGGUCCCCAGGGUCCUAUGGGCACAGAGCUGGGGGACUUCCUACGGGAAGUGUCUGUCAUGAUGAAGCUAACACAUCCACACGUGCUGCGUCUGCAUGGCCUCGUCCUGGGCCAGCCUCUACAGAUGGUGAUGGAACUGGCACCACUGGGCUCCCUGCAUGCGCGUUUGACUGCCCCAGCGCCGACGUCCCCACUGCCCGUGGCCCUACUGUGCCUCUUUCUGCGUCAGUUGGCAGGAGCCAUGGCGUACUUGGGGUCCUGUGGGUUAGUGCACCGUGAUCUCGCUACCCGCAACCUGCUGCUGGCCUCACCUCGAACGAUCAAAGUGGCGGAUUUUGGAUUGGUGCGGCCGCUGGGCGGCGCCCGGGGUCGCUAUGUCAUGGGCGGCCCCCGUCCCAUCCCCUAUGCCUGGUGUGCCCCAGAGAGCCUACGCCAGGGAGCCUUCUCAUCUGCCUCUGAUGUGUGGAUGUUUGGUGUGACACUGUGGGAAAUGUUUUCCGGAGGCGAGGAGCCGUGGGCAGGUGUUCCACCAUACCUCCUCCUUCACCGGCUGGAGAAGGACCGAGCCAGGCUGCCGAGGCCUCGGCUCUGUUCCAGGGCCCUGUACUCCCUCGCCUUGCGUUGCUGGGCCCCUCACCCUGCAGACCGGCCCAGCUUUUCCUGCCUGGAAGGGCUACUUCAAGAGGCCAGGCUUUCUGAGGUGCGCUGUGUGAGGGAAGUCACAGAGCCAGGUGCUUUGCGGAUGGAGCCCGGCGAUCCCAUCACUGUCAUUGAUGGCAGCCCAGACACCACAAGCUGGAAAGGCCAGAAUGGUCGCACUCUCAAAGUGGGCAACUUUCCGGCUUCAGCAGUGACACUAGCAGACUUGGGGGGCUCACCAGUCGCCCAUCCAGGUCCCAGAGCUUCCCCUGCCCGUGGAGAGAGAUGCCGAGGGAGCCCUGAUGGGGACAGGGAGAGGACAACGUCUCAGGAUCUACCCCCAGCACAGAGCCAGAGAAGGAAAGUGGCCCUGCAGAGGAUGAAAGGCAUUUCCAGGAGUCUGGAGUCAAUUCUGUCCCUAGGCCCUCGGCCCACAGGAGGUGGUUCGAGUCCCCCUGAACUUCGACACACAAGAGCUAUGCCCCAGGGACUCCCAGACCUGCCUCCACGCCCAACUUUUAUCUCCAGCUCUUCUCAGCCCACCCAGCCCCACAAAGCACAGCCUCCCUGGCCCCAAAGAGGACCCUUGAAUGAUCACCGCACUGGGGUACCUGGAGCCAGCAAAGCCACUGUCCCCUCUGGAGGCCUCUUGUCAGACCCUGAGUGGCAGAGGAAGGUAACAGAGGUAGAGCUGAGUGUGCAUGGGGUCACCUACCAGGAGUGCCAAGUGGCCCUUAGAACCACCAGGGGCGAUGUGGCUUCUGCCAUCCGCAACCUCAAGGUAGACCAGCUCUUCCACCUCAGUAACCGGUCCAGAGCCGACUGUCGUCGCAUCCUGGAGCAUCACCAGUGGGACCUGUCAGCGGCCAGUCGCUACAUCCUGGCCCGGUCCUGAACUCUGCAUCCUUGGGGAUGGGUACCACUUAGGGCCUAGUCUUACGGGACCAAUCAGAAGCACGAUGGCUUGACGGAGACGGACUUUUCACCAAGGGAGAUCUUACUGCUGUAAGGAGGUGUCAGGGGUGCGUGGGGCACCUGAGGUCAUGCACUGGUUAGUGCUUCCUGCACACCCUGCUCCUUGACCUCUUCAGAACCUCUGACCGGACCAAGAAGGAUGGGGUACACUCCGCCUGAUGCAUU